AUGGGUUGUGGAAUGAGUACAGAGGAGAAGGAGGGAAAGGCGAGGAAUGAGGAGAUCGAGAAUCAACUGAAGAGAGAUAAGAUGUUGCAAAGAAAUGAAAUUAAGAUGCUUCUACUUGGAGCUGGUGAAUCCGGAAAGUCGACUAUCUUGAAACAGAUGAAGCUUAUUCAUGAGGGAGGUUACUCUCGCGAUGAAAGAGAAUCAUUCAAGGAAAUCAUCUUUAGCAACACCGUUCAGUCUAUGCGUGUUAUCCUUGAAGCUAUGGAGUCACUUGAGCUGCCUUUGGAUGACCAAAGAGCUGAAUACCACGUUCAAACUAUCUUCAUGCAGCCUCAACAGAUUGAAGGGGACAACUUACCCCCCGAGGUUGGUAGUGCCAUUGCAGCUUUAUGGAAGGAUGCUGGUGUACAGGAUUGUUUCAAGCGAUCCAGAGAAUAUCAGUUGAAUGAUUCUGCUAGAUAUUACUUUGAUAACAUCGAGAGAAUCGCUCAACACGACUAUAUGCCAAACGACCAAGAUGUCCUUCGCUCUCGUGUGAAGACUACUGGUAUUACCGAGACCACCUUUAUUAUCGGCGAUCUGACUUACCGGAUGUUUGAUGUCGGAGGGCAACGUUCGGAAAGAAAGAAGUGGAUCCAUUGCUUUGAAAACGUCACCACAAUCCUAUUCUUGGUUGCCAUCUCCGAGUAUGAUCAAUUGCUUUUUGAAGAUGAAACUGUCAAUCGUAUGCAAGAGGCACUCACCUUAUUCGAUUCCAUCUGCAAUUCGAGAUGGUUUAUCAAGACUUCAAUCAUCUUGUUCUUGAACAAGAUUGAUAGGUUUAAGGAGAAGCUUCCUGUCAGUCCGAUGAAAAACUACUUUCCGGAUUAUGAAGGUGGUGAUGACUAUGCACUGGCCUGUGAUUACAUUCUCAACAGAUUUGUUAGUCUGAACCAGCACGAGACGAAACAGAUCUACACCCAUUUCACUUGUGCUACCGAUACCACCCAGAUUAGAUUCGUCAUGGCAGCUGUCAAUGAUAUCAUCAUACAAGAGAACCUCCGCUUAUGCGGCCUCAUCUAA